AUGUCAAAGAUUAAAAUAAUAAAUAAGAAUAAAGGUAAAGAAGAAUGGAAGAAAGGAAAAGAAAACGCAAUUUGUAAACGAAACGAGAGUUUUUCGAAUCUGGAUGCACAGCGCUUGUGGCAAAGUAUCGCUAAGGAAUGCAACGCUAUUCCAGGAGCAAAGAAGCAUUGGAGACAAUGGAAAAAAACUUGGCAAGACAUGAGAUCAAAAUAUGCUAAGCGACGUCGAUCAAGUAAUAACGGUGUGCCAUCAAUUAGUGGAUUGUUAACGGAAGAAGAAAGAGAGGUCUUAUUUGGAGUUAAAAUGGCUGAAGAAUACUCAGAGAACACAGAAUUUGUACCACUAAAUGAUAACCAAGAGAGCUUUCAUGAUGAAAACACAUCUGCAUGCUCUAUUAGUGAACCCCCUUCACCACAAGAAGUAAAAGUUUUUCAUACACAAAAGCCAAAACUCCGAUCAGAUUACAAAAAUAAAUGUUAUAAGAACAGCUCAGAACCAUCAGGAAACUGUAGUAUGAGUUGUGAUAUGCUAGUUACUAACGAACAAAAGAAAAUAAAAUUAAAGGAAGACUUUAUGAACUUUAAAAAGGAUUAUUUAAGACAGAAAUUAAGAUUGCUAAAAGAACAAACCGAAGCACUGAAAAGUAUAGCUAGAGAAAUUUGUAAUAAAUGA